AUGACGACCUCUGCACCGCCCGAUAUCACGCGAUCUGCCGAAACGGCAAUAGGUGUCGAUUCUGCCAACAAAGUCAUCUCAUCAGAUGGAGGCCCUUCAAAGACGAGGUCAGACGAAUCCACGGCUCUCAUGAGCACUGAGAAGCUGCCUAGCCCUACCGAAGAUGCAGACACUGCCACGGCGGGCGAGAAACCAGCCACUACAGGAGCAGAUGCCGACAAUGCAGGCAGUGCAGACCCUCUCAACUUUGGGCGGCAUCGGCGUGAAAACGUGACGCGGCGACAGAUGAAGAUUGACCAUCCACGGGGCGACAAGAAGAAGCUAAAGGCAUUCUACACCAAGCAGAACGAGCUCAUUGACCAGUUCCUCGGUGCCGACGACGAGGAACGCCUCGCCGUGGAGGAGGACACGCGCAUCGCCCCCAGAAUCAAGUUUGCCGUCAACGCCUCCUUUGCCGUCAACUUUUGCCUCUUUGCCAUUCAGCUCUACGCUGCCGUCUCGACCGGCUCCCUUUCGCUCUUUGCGACGGCAGCAGAUGCAUUUAUGGACCUCGUAUCCUCUUUUGUGAUGCUCAUUACCUCCAGAUUGGCCUCCAGAGCCAGUGUAUACAAAUACCCAGUGGGACGCACAAGAAUUGAGACUAUUGGCAUCAUUCUUUUCUGUGCGCUGAUGACCACAGUCGCCAUUCAAUUAAUCGUCGAAUCAGGACGAACGUUGGGAGCUGGAGAAAGCACCGACGCUGAAGAACUACACAUCAUCCCCAUCGUAUUCGUGGCUGUAGCAAUCUUUGCCAAGGGGAGCUUGAUGCUCUAUUGUCUUGCCUAUCGAAAGUAUCCGACUGUCCAUGUAUUCUUCAUCGACCAUCGUAAUGACAUUGUCGUGAACAUAUUUGGUCUGGUCAUGUCGGUGGUGGGAUCCCGCUUCGUAUGGUAUCUCGACCCCAUCGGCGCCAUUUGCAUCGGCCUGCUCAUCCUCGUCUCGUGGGUAUCCAACGCCUUUGAGCAGGUGUGGCUCCUGGUGGGCAAGUCGGCUCCGCGCGAGUUCCUCUCCAAGCUCGUCUACAUGUCCAUGACGCACGAUACGCACAUUAAAAAGGUCGACACGUGCCGGGCCUACCACGCCGGCCAAAAGUACUAUGUCGAGGUCGACGUCAUCAUGGACCCCCAGCUUCCGCUCAAGAUUUCUCACGAUGUGGGCCAGUCUCUGCAGCGCAAGCUCGAGGGUUUGGGUGAUGUUGAGCGCGCUUUUGUCCAUGUCGACUAUGAAGAUGACCAUGAUAUUCACGAGGAGCACAAACCCUUGUACGAAAAGACCAAGCCUAAGAGGACUCUGAGGGAGAUUUUGCUGGGAGCUAGAAAGACUGAUGUGGCGAUGGAAUGA